AUGCGUCCGCCAUUGCUAGCCUUAAAGCGGAAGCAAGCAGUGCGCUUAGGCAUCGAAUAUCCGACUAGCAUUGAAGUGGUAUCCGCGCAUUUCAGCAAAUAUAUCAUUUCUAUAUCUGAGGCCAGAUCCGGGACUGAUCAGAAGUCACAUGCAAUAACUCAUGCAGUGAAUUUACGUCGGAAAACUUCGCCGCCUUGCUCCGAAGAUUCCAUAGGAAACUUCAUUUGGAUAGCAGCAGCAUUAUGCAAACCCGAAGAAGCAACAUUUAGUAGCAUAUUAUUACAGAUUAGAGACUCCAUAGCAAAAGUUAAUGGCGAUUUUGUGGAUAAGUUACAAGGAGAUGAAGGGUUUUUUAAGCUUUAUGAAACGGUGAAGAAGACUAGGACGAAUGUGAUUGCGCCACCUGGACUAUCGUGUGGAGUGGAUCAAAUUAAGUUUGUUAUUGAAGAACUCGAUGUAUCCUGGGGUAUAAGCUUAACGGCGAAAUAUACUUUUAGGCCAGUGAAAAAUUCUCACGCCUCGAGCUACUGUUUCUUUGUUAAUUCGCUGUAUUAG